CGCACGCCUCAGCAAUUUCGCCCGCGAUCUGGGAAGACUACUGACAAUCUUGCUCGGAGUAUAUAUAUCGGGUGCAGUGUCGCGGAAACAGCCUGAACUCCUUCCGCUGUCGGUGGAAUCCUGAACCGGUUGGAUAGUGCUAACUUUGAGGGUUUGAAACCGGUGUCACGACAUGCCGGUUCCCACGAACCUACCGGCCUCGGGCGAAAACGCCCCAGGGGAAGGCCCUCGUAGAAUUACUGCAGGACUGAAGCCGAGUGAUAACGUCAACGUCGAUGCGGUACUGCGUCAGCGAGCUCCUCGUGAGCCCGCCACAGCGACAUACAAAGUCCCACAGAGGGACUUUACCAACACACCUGUCGAAGAACCAAGGCCAUAUCAGCGCGACCUUCUGGAACUGGCGAAACAGGAAAACAUCAUCGCUGUGAUGGAUACCGGGACGGGAAAAACGCUGAUUGCGGGCCUGCUGAUGAAGCAUAUGAUUGCUGUGCAGGAGGAAUCGGUCAAAGAAGGCGCAAAGAAGAAGCUGGCAUUGUUCCUGGUUCCCACAGUCCCGCUGGUCUGGCAACAAAAGGAUUACCUGAAGCAUCAGAUUUCGAAAGAGAUUGCGUGCUUGUGUGGAAACGUGUUGGAGCAGGACAAACUGGUUGAUUGGCAAGAGAUCAUACAGAAGCACGUUGCACUGUGCUCAACCGCGCAGGUCGUUGUCGAAGCGUUGAAUCAUGCAUACCUCACACUCGACCAAGUUUCUCUCAUCAUCUUUGAUGAGGCACACAACGCCAUUGGAGACCAUCCGUACGCAAUCUUGAUGAGGGAGCACUAUUGGCCAGUCAAGGAACCCCGCCCAAAGAUCCUGGGUCUCACAGCGUCACCAGUUAACUCCGACAGUCAAGCCUUCAUCGCGAUUGACAAUCUUGAGAAAACUCUCAACUGUAGAGCGGUCACUGUGACCCUAAGCGACGAGGCCACUGCACUCUAUGCGGCGAAGCCCCGUCCCGUGAAGUUCGAGUAUGAGGUUUCGGAUUCGAUGGAGAUGCCUCCGAUCCUGGAGAAAGCCAAAGAAUACGUUUCUCAGGUACAUGGAUUCAAUCUGGCAAAGGCUAUUGCGGAUGCGGAAUACAUUCACUAUCAAUUGGGAUCUUGGGCAUGCUCACGCACCUUGAUGGCAGCCCUCGAUGGUUUGAGCAAAAAGGCCGACAGGAGUAUUCUGAACAGCAUGGAUGUGCGGCAAGCCGCGCUUUUAGCUGGAUCGGAAAGCAAGCGAAGAACGCUUUUCGAGGAUCUGAGCAAGUACAGACCCGCCGAUAGCCCGACCGACGCUGAGAUUUCAAGGAAAGUGCACCGGCUGAUGGAUAUAUUGGAAGGUUAUCGGCGCGACGCCUCCUUCUCCGGAAUCGUCUUUGUUCAGCGACGAGAGACGGCUGAGCGUCUGAGGGACCUUCUUGCCAGUCACCCGAGGUUGAAAGGCAGCAUCCGGCCUGGGGCAUUGAUCGGACAUGCAAGUGGAACCGCGGACGAGUACUAUACAACCAUGCGACUCACGGUGCAGAACACUACGCUCCGCGAGUUUCGGCAGCAUAAGAUCAAUCUACUCGUGGCGACAAAAGUCGCGGAAGAAGGAUUGGAUAUCCCGUGCUGCAAGCUGGUGAUUCGUUUCAACAUGGGAAAGGACAGCAUGAAUCUGGUUAACUACAUUCAGAGUCGGGGGCGGGCUCGCGCGGCGAACUCGCGUUUCAUCCUGAUGUGCGAGAAAGACAACUGGAUGCACCUACAUCACCUCCGCGCCCUUCGCGAGCAAGAAAGAGAAGUCCGCGCUCAGAUUGAAAAGCACCGCGACCGCAUCGAGACGCGCAUCGCCAUUCCACAGUUGGAUGAGGCAGACACGGCCGUAACCAAGUCCGUGCCCUACAGCUACAUCAUCGAGAGUACUGGGGCGCGCGUCUCUCUUACUUCUGCAAGUCCCACACUGCAUCACUUUUGCAGCAUCUUGGAGGUGGAUAUGUAUACUGUUGCGCGCCCUGAGUAUGCCUUGUCGCAUACGGUGGACGACGGAGAUGUACAAUUUGUUGCCACGGUCGUUCUCCCGAACGUUUUACCCCCCGAGAUGCGCAUCGUUUUAGGUCAUCCGAUGCGGUCCAAGGCUCUGGCAUUCCGAUCCGCUGCGUUGGAAGCCGUGAAACUUCUGCAUCAGAAGAAAUACCUGGACAAUCAUCUCCGCCCCAUAUUCGAUACCACCUAUUGUCACACCAGUGUGGAGGAUGCAGAUGUUGCCACUUUGAAGAAAGAGCUGCUGGCGCUCAAAUCGAAGCAGAGGAAAGCAAAAUACCCGAUUGCACUACCUGAAUGUCUGAUCAAAUGCUGGGUGCCAGAAAAGACAGCAACCAUCACAGCACACCUGAACGUGAUUGACACGGCAGGAUUUGAAGGAGCGCCGACUUGUCAACCAUUGGGAUUCCUCACCGUCAACCCUCUGCCGGUCGCCCCUUUCGAGUUCCCAAUCUGGCCAAACCUUCUCGAACUCCGUGUGCGUGUCCAAACUACCUCCAAACCGUUCGCGUUGACGAGGGACCAGUACAAACUCGCCAAGAAGUACAACUUUCUUGUCCUAUCUCCCAUGAUGAAGCAUACGAUCUUUCCAGAGCACGGCGAGUACGCCUUUCUUGCGGUGCCCUUGACCGUCAAACCUGGAGGUUCUCCUAUCAACGUCACUGAGGUGGAUGCGGACACCCUGGUCGAUUGGGAAUCCAUGGACAAAGCAUGUAACUUUGAGCCACGCCAACAUCGAAGCGUGCUCUACAACCCGGAGGUCAUCAAUGAAGUUGUGGUCAGCACAAAGCACUGGCAGAGGAAAUUCCUGGUGCAAGAGUUUCUUCCCGACCGCACUCCGUUCGACGAGGUGCCGUUCACGGAUCCUAAGUUCAAACGAACCGUGGACUACUACACUACAAUGAAGGAUCACACGAAAGUCAGAGUGCAGCAACCUGUGAUUAGAGCCAAUCUGGUCACUAGGAAGUUUAACAUGCUGGCAUAUCACAACAUCGCACAAAGCGAAAGUGUCGAUGCUCUCAGGGAUGGCGAUGUCUUCCUCAUGCCUCAGUUUCUCCAACCUUACAGCAUCAAGAAGAACGUCUUGGAGUCAGCCACGAUCCUACCUUCCAUCUUCUACUACCUGGAGAUAGCGUGUCGCGCAGAACAGCUGAGACAGAAUUUGGCGUUGCCAACCAAGCUGGACACCCUCAUCACUGCCCUCAGCGCCCCGUCUGCAGUCUUGCAAACGAACUACGAACGUCUGGAGACGCUUGGAGACGCAUUCUUGAAGAUUGCAAUAGUCUUGCAUAUGUACGCUUUGCACCCACAUCGUCAUGAAGGCGUGAUGACGAUGAUGGCCCAUCGCAUGCAAUCGAACUUCGCCCUUUACGAGAAGGGGAAGCUGAGGAAUAUCACUGGAUACAUGAUUACGAGCAAGCUCGCCAGAACGGAAUGGCGCCCAAUUAUUGCCGACAAAGGAUAUGACGACGAAGAUAUCGAGACCAUGCUAGAAAGGGCCGAGCUGGAGGACGAGAACGCGCACAACAACCGGAAGCGGGUGCUUCCCAAGAAGGAGAAGGAGAUUCCUUCCGCGGUGACCACCACUCACGGCCUAUCAACGAAGCAAAUUGCAGACUCUGUCGAAUCCAUUCUCGGGGCCUGUCUGAACGACAACGGAAUAAAAGGUGCAGCGCAAGCUCUGCACAACGUCUACAGCACGGCUUUUGUCGUGAACUGGGAGGACUACAUGCUCGCUCUUGACCAGCACCCGAAGCCCGCGGGAGAGAUGCGUAUUGAGAAGCGAAACGCUGUUGCCCAUGUCGAAGAGAUCAUUGGAUACAAGUUCAAGAGCCCUUGGCUUCUUGCGGAGGCGCUAACGCAUCCGAGCUCCCCGGACCCUACCGUACAGAACUAUCAAAGGCUGGAGUUUCUUGGCGACGCUAUCCUGGGUCUCCUAGCUGUGCGCUACUUUUUCCGAAAGUAUCCUGAGCUUCCACCGGGUCGACUAGUCGACCUGAAGGACGCAGCAGUCAACAAUGCCUUCCUUGCGUGCGUUUCGGCCAACAUGGGACUGCACUAUCACAUCGACAGACUGUCGGCGCCUAUGGAUCAGGACAUUGCGGAUUAUUGCGAUGCCUUGUGGAUUGAAGCUAAGCGGCACACCGACACGACGGACGCUAGGCGGGCAAAGCUGGAUCUGCUCGCGGGAACGUUCAUCGAGAGUAAAGUGGAAAGGAACAACUUGCAGAGAGAAAUGGAAGCAGAGAUGCACUACUGGACCAACAUUGAGACGCCAAAAGCUAUCUCCGACGUUUUUGAAGCCAUCACAGGCGCCAUCUUCGUGGACAAUCGCUUCGACGCUGAAGCAGUCUGGGCAUUUCUGGAACGCGUCUGGCUUCCCUGGGUGGCUGAGUUUGUUCAACCACACUUCGUCGGCCGACACCCCUUCCGCGAGCUUGCGCUGUUCUUCCGAAACGAGAUGGGCUGCGAUAAAUGGCGUGUACCGGCAAGGCACGACUCGGAAGGGCACGCGUACGUCGCCAAUCUGGUGGUUCAUGAGCAAAUCCUGGCAGUUGCGCAAGGCCCCAGUAAGAAGGCAGCAAGGCGGAUCGUGUCCGAGCUGGUUCUCGACACGAUGGACGACAUAGCCAAGCGAGUCAAAGCCGAAUGCGAUUGUCGGGGAAGGAGAGUCGAAAGACCGAAGGGCGACACGGUCGAGGACACGAGGGAUGACGACGAUGAGCCGAUGCUGGAGAAGGAUGAAGCUACCAUGCAUGCGUACUAAGAGGAAGUCCGAGAGAAUGCAAGAAGGCGUAUGUGGUGGGCCUAUUGUCAGCAUGUAGACCACCAUCCCCCGAUCCAAUUAGCUUUGCACAGGAUCAAAGUUGGAAAUCACAAUUUACACAUC